AUGAGCUGCAACGGGGACUCCUACCCGCGGAUCAACACGCUGGGUCGCCUGACGCGCGCCGAGUCCGGCCCAGACCUGCGCUACGAGACGACCGGCGGCGGGGGCGGCGGCGGCACCACCACCAGCAGGACGUACUACACGCGGCGCUGUCAGGUCACCGACCUGAACUCGGACGGCUACGGUCAAACUGGUACGAUGUCCAGGCACCAAAACCAGAACACCAUCCAGGAAUAUCUGCAGAACUGCGCAGACUGCCUGAUGAGGGCUGAGCUGAUCGUGCAGCCUGAACUGAAAUAUGGAGAUGGAUUACAGCUUGCUCAGAGUCGAGAGCUGGAUGAGUGCUUUGCCCAGGCUAACGACCAGAUGGAAAUCACCGACAGCUUGAUCAGAGAGAUGCGGCAAAUGGGCCAGCCCUGUGAAGCUUAUCAGAAAAGACUGCUUCAGCUUCAGGAGCAAAUGCGUGCCCUUUACAAAGCCAUCAGUGUCCCGAGAGCCCGGAGGGCCAGCUCCAAGGGUGGUGGAGGAUACACUUGUCAGAGCAGCUCAGGGUGGGAUGAAUUUACCAAGCGCCUCACCAGCGAAUGUCUGGGGUGGAUGAGACAGCAAAGGGCCGAGAUGGACAUGGUGACCUGGGGCGUGGACCUGGCUUCAGUGGAGCAGCAGAUCAGCAGCCACAGGGUCAUUCAUAAUGCCAUCGGGGACUAUCGCUGGCAGCUGGACAAAAUCAAAGCUGACCUGCGUGAGAAAUCUGCCAUCUACCAGUUGGAGGAAGAGUAUGAGAAUCUGUUGAAAGCAUCCUUUGAGAGAAUGGAUCAUCUGCGACAGCUGCAUAGCAUCAUCCAGGCCACAUCCCAGGAGAUCAUGUGGAUCAACGAUUGCGAGGAGGAGGAGCUGCUGUAUGACUGGAGCGACAAGAACACCAACAUUGCUCAGAAGCAGGAGGCCUUCUCUAUACGGAUGAGUCAACUAGAAGUUAAGGAAAAAGAGCUCAAUAAGCUUAAACAAGAAAGUGACCAACUUGUCCUCAAUCAGCAUCCAGCUUCAGACAGAAUUGAGGCAUAUAUGGAUACUCUUCAGACCCAGUGGAGUUGGAUUCUUCAGAUCACCAAAUGUAUUGAUGUUCACCUCAAAGAAAAUGCUGCCUACUUUCAGUUUUUUGAAGAGGCCCAGUCAACCGAGGCCUACCUGAAGGGCCUGCAGGACUCCAUCAGGAAGAGGUACUCCUGUGACAAGAACAUGUCUCUGCAGCGCUUGUUGGACCAGAUCAAGGAGCUGGAGAAAGAACGAGAGAAAAUCCUUGAGUACAAGCGUCAGGUGCAGAGCUUGGUAAACAAGUCCAAGAAGAUUGUCCAGCUGAAACCACGUAACCCAGACUACAGAAGCAAUAAGCCCAUUAUUCUCAGGGCUCUUUGUGACUACAAACAAGACCAGAAAAUUGUGCACAAAGGGGAUGAGUGCAUCCUGAAGGACAACAAGGAGCGCAGCAAGUGGUACGUGACAGGCCCAGGCGGCGUCGACAUGCUGGUUCCUUCUGUGGGUCUGAUUAUUCCACCUCCAAACCCAUUGGCCAUUGACCUUUCUUGCAAGAUUGAGCAGUACUACGAAGCCAUCUUGGCUCUGUGGAACCAGCUCUACAUCAACAUGAAGAGCCUGGUGUCCUGGCAUUACUGCAUGAUUGACAUCGAGAAAAUCAGGGCCAUGACCAUCGCCAAGCUGAAAACAAUGCGUCCGGAAGAUUACAUGAAGACGAUCUCUGAUCUUGAGUUACAUUACCAAGAGUUCAUCAGAAAUAGCCAAGGCUCAGAGAUGUUUGGGGAUGAUGAUAAGCGGAAAAUCCAAUCUCAGUUCACUGACGCUCAGAAGUAUUACCAGACCCUGGUCAUACAGCUGCCUGGCUACCCCCACCACCAAACAGUAACUGAAAUCACUCAUCUUGGUACCUGCCAAGAAGUUAACCAUAAUAAAGUGAUUGAAACCAACAGAGAGAAUGACAAGCAGGAGACGUGGCUGCUGAUGGAGCUCCAGAAGGUCCGCAGGCAGAUGGAGCUCUGUGAGAGCCGAAUGACCCUGAAAAACAUCCUUCUGGCCGACCAAGGUUCUUCACACCACAUUACAGUGAAAAUAAAUGAGCUGAAGAGUGUGCAGAACGAUUCACGAGCAAUUGCCGAAGUUCUCAACCAGCUUAAAGAUAUGCUAGCUAACUUCAGAGGUUCUGAAAAAUAUUGCUAUUUACAGAAUGAGGUAUUUGGACUGUUUCAGAAACUGGAAAACAUCAAUGGUGUUACUGAUGGCUACUUAAAUAGCUUGUGCACCGUGAGAGCACUCCUCCAGGCUCUCCUCCAGACAGAAGACAUGUUGAAGGUCUACGAAGCCAGACUCACGGAAGAGGAAACGGUCAGCCUGGAUCUGGAUAAAGUGGAAGCUUACCGCUGUGGACUCAAGAAAAUAAAAAAUGACCUGAACUUGAAGAAGUCCCUGCUGGCCACCAUGAAGACAGACCUGCAGAAGGCCCAGCAGAUCCACUCCCAGACUUCCCAGCAGUACCCACUAUAUGACUUGGAUCUUGGGAAGUUUAGUGACAAAGUCACACAGUUGACUGAUCGCUGGCAAAGAAUAGAUAAACAGAUAGACUACAGAUUAUGGGACCUGGAAAAACAAAUCAAGCAACUGAGGAAUUAUCGUGAUAACUAUCAGGCUUUCUGCAAGUGGCUCUAUGAUGCCAAACGUCGCCAGGAUUCCUUAGAAUCCGUGAAAUUUGGUGAUUCUAACACGGUCAUGAGAUUGUUGAAUGAGCAGAAGAGCUUGCACAGUGAAAUAUGUGGCAAACGAGACAAAUCAGAAGAAGUACAGAAAAUUGCUGAACUUUGUGUGAAUUCAAUUAAGGAUUAUGAACUCCAGCUUGCAUCGUAUACCUCAGGAUUGGAAACUCUACUGAACAUACCUAUCAAGAGAACUAUGGUUCAGUCCCCUUCAGGGGUGAUUCUGCAAGAGGCUGCAGACAUUCAUGCUCGAUACAUAGAACUACUUACAAGGUCUGGAGAUUAUUACAGAUUCUUAAGUGAGAUGUUGAAAAGCUUGGAAGAUUUGAAGCUGAAAAAUACCAAGAUUGAAGUUUUGGAGGAGGAGCUCAGACUGGCCCGAGAUGCCAACUCUGAAAACUGUAACAAGAACAAGUUCCUGGAUCAGAACCUGCAGAAAUACCAGACAGAGUGUUCCCAGUUCAAAGCAAAGCUUGUGAGCCUGGAGGAGCUGAAGAGGCAAGCUGAGCUGGAUGGAAAGUCGGCGAAGCAGAAUCUCGACAAGUGCUAUGGCCAAAUCAAAGAACUCAAUGAGAAAAUCACCAGACUCACUUAUGAGAUUGAAGACGAAAAGAGGAGAAGAAAGACUGUGGAGGAUAGAUUUGACCAACAGAAGAAUGACUAUGACCAGUUGCAGAAAGCAAGGCAGUGUGAAAAGGAGAACCUUGGUUGGCAAAAACUGGAAUCUGAGAAAGCCAUCAAGGAGAAGGAGUACGAGAUAGAGAGGUUGAGGGUUCUUCUUCAGGAGGAGAGCAACCGGAAGAGAGAAUAUGAGAAUGAGCUGGCAAAGGUAAGAAACCACUAUAAUGAGGAGAUGAGUAAUUUAAGGAACAAGUAUGAAAAUGAGAUUAAUAUUACGAAGACCACCAUCAAGGAGAUAUCCAUGCAAAAGGAGGAUGAUUCCAAAAACCUUAGAAACCAGCUUGAUAGACUCUUGAGGGAAAAUCGGGAUCUGAAGGAUGAGAUUGUCAGGCUGAAUGACAGUAUCCUGCAGACCACGGAGCAGCGCCGGAGGGCGGAGGAGAAUGCCCUCCAGCAGAAGGCCUGCGGCUCGGAGAUGCUGCAGAAGAAGCAGCAGCUGGAGAUAGAGCUCAAGCAGGUCAUCCAGCAGCGCUCUGAGGACAAUGCCAGGCAUAAGGAGUCCCUGGAGGAGGCUGCCAAGACCAUCCAAGACAAAAACAAAGAGAUUGAGAGACUCAAAGCCGAGUUUAAGGAGGAGGCCAAGCGCCGCUGUGAAUACGAGUAUGAACUGGCUAAGGUAAGAAACAGUUACGAUGAGGAGAUCAUUAGCUUAAAAAACCAAUUUGAGACUGAGAUCAACAUCAGCAAGACCACCAUCCACCAGCUCACCAUGCAGAAAGAAGAAGACACUAGUAGCUACCGAGCCCAAGUCGACAACCUCACCAGAGAAAACAGGAGCUUAUCUGAGGAAAUAAAGAGGCUGAAGAACACGCUAGCCCAGACCACAGAGAACCUUAGGAGGGUCGAAGAAGACAUGCAACAGCAGAAGGCCACUGGCAUGGAGAUGUCACAGAGAAAACAGCAGCUGGAGAUUGAGCUGCGACAGGUCACACAGAUGCAAAGUGCAGAGAGUAUGAGAUAUAAGCAGUCUCUGGAUGAUGCUGCCAAAACCAUCCAGGAUAAAAACAAAGAGAUAGAAAGAUUAAAGCAGCUGAUAGAAACCGAAACAAACAAAUGGAAAUGCCUGGAAGAGGAAAACACCAAACUGCAAAGGGCCCAGUAUGAUCUGCAGAAGGCCAACAGUAUCGCGACAGAGACAAUCAGCAAGCUGAAGGUUCAGGAGCAAGAGCUCACACGCCUGAGAGUUGACUAUGAGAGGGUUUCACAGGAGAGGACUGUGAAGGACCAGGAUAUCACGCGAUUCCAGAGCUUGCUGAAAGACUUGAAGCUGCAGAAGCAGAGGGUGGAAGAGGAGCUGAAUCGGCUGAAGAGGAUGGCCUCAGAAGACUCGGCCAAAAGGAAGAAGCUGGAGGACGAGCUGGAAGGCAUGAGGAGGUCCUUGAAAGAGCAAGCGAUAAAAGUCACCAGCCUGACCCAGCAGCUGGAGCAGGCAUCCAUCGGGAAGAAGAGGAGUGAGGACGACCUCCGCCAGCAGAGGGACGUGCUGGAGGGCCAAGUGAGGGAGAAGCAGAAGACACAGGAGGAGCUGAGGAGGCUGUCCUUGGAACUCGAAGCCCUGAGGCGGCAGCUGGUCCAGGAGCAAGAAAACGCCAAGCAGGCUUACUUGAGGAAUGAGCACUUCCAGAAGGUGAUAGAAGAUAAAAGCAGGAGCUUAAAUGAGAGCAAAAUAGAAAUCGAGCGACUGCAGUGUCUCACGGAGAGCCUGACUAAGGAGCACCUGAUGCUGGAGGAGGAACUGCGGAACCUGAGGCUGGAGUACGACGACCUGAGGAGGAGCCGCAGUGAAGCUGACACUGACAAAAACGCAACCAUUUCUGAACUUAGGAGCCAACUGCAAAUCAGCAACAACCGAACCCUGGAACUGCAGGGACUGAUCAGUGAUUUACAGAGAGAGAGGGAAAACUUGAGACAGGAAAUUGAGAAAUUCCAAAAGCAGGCAUUAGAGGCGUCUAACAGGAUCCAGGAAUCAAAAAGUCAGUGCACUCAGGUGGUGCAGGAAAGAGAGAGCCUGCUGGUGAAGAUCAAAAUCCUGGAACAAGACAAGGCAAGGCUGCAAAGGCUGGAGGACGAGCUGAACCGCGCCAAAGCAACACUAGAGGCAGAAAGCAGGGUGAAGCAGCGCCUCGAGUGUGAGAAGCAGCAGAUCCAGAAUGACUUAAAUCAGUGGAAAACUCAAUAUUCCCGCAAGGAGGAGGCCAUUAGGAAGAUUGAAUCAGAAAGAGAAAAGAGUGAGAGAGAGAAGAACAGCCUGAGGAGCGAGAUUGAGAGACUCCAGGCAGAGAUCAAGAGGAUUGAAGAGAGGUGCAGGCGUAAACUAGAGGACUCUUCCAGGGAGACGCAGUCCCAGCUGGAGACGGAACGCUUCCGGCUUCAGAGAGAAAUCGACAAGCUCAGACAGCGCUCCUGUGGGUCCCAUCGGGAGACCCAGACGGAGUGUGAGUGGACGGUCGAUACCUCAAAGCUGGUGUUCGAAGGACUGAGGAAGAAGGUGACGGCGAUGCAGCUCUAUGAGUGCCAAGUGAUUGACAAGACGACCCUGGACAAGCUGAUGAAGGGGACGAAGUCAGUGGAAGAAGUUGCUUCUGAAAUCCAGCCUUUCCUUCGGGGUGCAGGAGCUAUUGCUGGAGCCUCUGCUUCUCCGAAGGACAAGUACACUUUGGUAGAGGCCAAGAGAAAGAAAUUAAUCUCCCCAGAGUCCACGGUCAUGCUUCUGGAGGCCCAGGCAGCCACUGGUGGGGUCAUUGAUCCCCACAGGAAUGAGAAGCUGACUGUUGACACUGCCACUGCCCGGGACCUCAUCGACUUUGAUGACCGCCAGCAGAUAUACACAGCAGAAAAAGCCAUCACAGGCUUUGAUGAUCCAUUUUCAGGCAAGACAGUAGCUGUUUCUGAAGCUAUCAAGAAAAAUCUGAUUGAUAGAGAAACUGGAAUGCGCCUGUUGGAAGCCCAGCUUGCAUCCGGGGGUGUCGUGGAUCCUGUUAACAGUGUCUUUUUGCCAAAAGAUGUUGCCUUGGCCCGUGGGUUGAUUGACAAAGAUUUGUAUCGGUCACUGAAUGAUCCCCGAGAUAGUCAGAAAAACUUUGUGGACCCGUUCACCAAAAAGAAGGUCAGUUACUUGCAGCUGAGGGAACGGUGCAGAAUUGAACCACAUACGGGUCUGCUCUUGCUGUCGGUUCAGAAGAGAAGCAUGUCCUUCCAAGGAAUUAGACAACCUGUGACCGUCACCGAACUAGUCAAUUCUGGCAUAUUGAGACCAUCCACUGUAAAUGAACUUGAAUCAGGGCAGAUUUCUUAUGAUGAGGUUGGUGAGAGAAUCAAAGACUUCCUCCAGGGUUCAAGCUGCAUAGCAGGUAUAUACAAUGAGGCCACAAAACAGAAGCUUGGAAUCUAUGAGGCCAUGAAAAUCGGCUUGGUCCGACCAGGUACUGCUCUGGAGUUGCUCGAAGCCCAAGCAGCUACUGGCUUUAUAGUGGAUCCUGUUAGCAACUUGAGGUUACCAGUAGAAGAAGCUUACAAAAGAGGCCUGGUGGGCAUUGAGUUUAAAGAGAAGCUCCUGUCUGCAGAACGAGCUGUCACUGGGUACAAUGAUCCUGAGACAGGAAACAUCAUUUCCUUGUUCCAAGCUAUGAACAAGGAGCUCAUUGAAAAGGGCCACGGCAUUCGCUUAUUGGAAGCCCAGAUAGCAACCGGGGGCAUCAUUGACCCAAAGGAGAGCCAUCGUUUACCAGUUGACAUGGCCUACAAGAGGGGAUAUUUCAAUGAGGAGCUUAGUGAGAUUCUUUCAGAUCCAAGCGAUGAUACAAAGGGAUUUUUUGACCCUAACACUGAAGAAAACCUUACCUAUCUGCAGCUAAAGGAAAGAUGCAUUAAGGAUGAGGAAACAGGGCUCUGUCUUCUGCCCCUGAAAGAGAAGAAGAAGCAGGUGCAGACAUCCCAAAAGAAUACCCUCAGGAAGCGUAGAGUGGUCAUAGUUGACCCAGAAACCAACAAGGAGAUGUCUGUUCAGGAGGCCUACAGGAAGGGCCUGAUCGAUUAUGAAACUUUCAAAGAACUGUGUGAGCAGGAAUGUGAGUGGGAAGAAAUAACCAUCACUGGAUCAGACGGCUCUACCAGGGUGGUCCUGGUAGACAGGAAAACAGGCAGUCAGUAUGAUAUUCAGGAAGCCAUUGACAAGGGCCUCGUUGACAGGAAGUUCUUUGAUCAGUACCGGUCUGGCAGCCUCAGCCUCACUCAGUUUGCUGAUAUGAUCUCCUUGAAAAAUGGUGUAGGCAACAGCAGCAGCGUGGGUGGUGGUGUCAGUGAUGAUGUUUUUAGCAGCCCUCGACAUGAUUCUGUAAGUAAAAUUUCAACCGUAUCCAGCGUCAGGAAUUUAACCAUCAGGAGUAGCUCUCUGUCUGACCCUCUGGAAGAAUCAAGCCCCAUUGCGGCCAUCUUUGACACAGAAAACCUGGAGAAAAUUUCCAUUUUUGAAGGCAUAGAGCGAGGCAUUGUGGAUAGCAUCACGGGCCAGAGGCUUCUGGAAGCUCAGGCCUGCACGGGCGGCAUCAUCCACCCUAACACGGGUCAGAAGCUAUCACUCCAGGAUGCUACCUCCCAGGGUCUGAUUGACCAGGAUAUGGCCACCAGGCUGAAACCUGCUCAGAAAGCCUUCAUUGGCUUUGAAGGAGGGAAGGGAAAGAAGAUGUCAGCAGUAGAAGCCGUGAAAGAAAAAUGGCUCCCAUAUGAGGCAGGGCAGCGCUUCCUGGAGUUCCAGUACCUCACAGGAGGCCUCGUUGAUCCGGAAAUACAUGGGAGGAUAAGCACUGAGGAAGCCAUCAGGAAAGGCUUCAUCGACGGCCGAGCUGCUCAGAGGCUGCAAGACAUCAGCAGCUAUGCCAAAAUUCUGACCUGCCCCAAAACCAAAUUGAAAAUAUCCUACAAGGAUGCCAUGAAUCGCUCCAUGGUAGAAGAUAUCACUGGGUUACGCCUUCUGGAAGCAGCCUCAGUUUCCUCCAAGGGCUUGCCUAGCCCUUAUAACGUGUCUUCUGCUCCCGGCUCUCGCUCCGGCUCUCGCUCCGGUUCUCGCUCUGGGUCUCGUUCUGGUUCCCACAGUGGCUCCCGGAGGGGCAGUUUUGAUGCAACAGGGAAUUCUUCCUACUCUUACUCUUACUCAUUUAGCAAUAGCUCUAUUGGGCAUUAG